AUGGACAUCGUUCUCAUAGCCGAAGAGUACAAGUUUGUGCUCACUACUCCUCAACCACCAGUACCGGUGGCUAAUGCUGCAGCAGCGGUACGUGAUGCGCAUAGACGGUGGCAUAAGGCUAAUGAGAUGACUAAGUGUUAUAUGUUGGCCUCCAUGUCAACAGUGCUUAAGCAUCAUCCAAAACGAUUUGUGAGGUUCUGCAUAAUCUCGGUGGCCGUUGCCAUGUCAACAGUGCUUAAGCAUCAGCAUGCGGCCAUGGCAACGACCACCGAGAUUAUGCAGAACCUCACAAAUCGUUUUGGUACUCAGAAUCGAACGGCCAAGUCUCAGGCCUUUCGGAGUAUCAUGUCGAAGACAAUGAAAUAG